GUAUAAUAAAAGAAAAAAGAUAUUUAUCUAUCCAACAUACUAUAAUGUGAUCAAUAAAGUCUGUAUUUAGGUCUAUUUACAAAUUGCACACAUGUCUUUCUUAUAUACACGAAAAGCGAAUAGCUUGAUGUACAAAUCGAUAGCCCUGCUUCAAUAAGAUGCACGGCUCAUAGGCUAGGGCCUCUGCUGCGAGGUUAUCUAGCGGAUUGCUACCAGAAGCUUAGAUUUCAAAGCCGAAGCCUUUCAUACACGUCUUGUAUGAUGAGAUUAAUGUCUCACAUUUUGGAGAGUCAAUGCCGUUGAUUAAAAGACAUUCGUCUCUUGCCGACUUUUCUGUUUUGCAAACGCAACAUGGCUUUGGCUUAGCUGUUGGAAAUGCUUAGUAAGCUUGUUAGUAUUCUGAAACGAUUAGACUAGAAAACUGUUAUCUCUUCACUGCUGAAGGGGUCUAGAACAUACAUUCGGUAGCAGGUUUGUGUUCAGACAUGUUCUUUUGUGUUUGUAGUUGGGGUGACGUCUUCUUAGAUGAAACAACGUGUCAGCAACUAAAGCAACAGCCGAAGCAGAAGAAACCAUUCGAGGCCGGGUUUAUAUAUGUGGUGAUCUUCUACUCGGGAAGGGAAAAACGGCUGGUGAGCGCCACAAUUAUAAAAAAAAGCUGACAUAAGCGACAUGGGUCAGUGCAGGGGCGAUUCUCAGAUAGACAGAUAGACAUGUGCCCGGGCCGGGAGGAGCACAAAG